AAACAAAGCGGUGCUUGUCGUCUCGUGUCCCUUUUAGGAGCCCUAAUUUGAAUUUCUCAGACACUCCCAAAGAUAUCGGUUUCGAAAAAUGGAGGCUCUGUACACAAAGCUUUAUGACAAGUACACCAAACUCAAGACUAAGAAAUUCUCCGAUUUGGAUGACCUAAAUAAAGAACAAGAACAUAAAUUCAUCAAUUGCUUGUCUGCCGCGGAAGAGUUAAUAGCGCAUUUGAAGAACGAAAGCGAAGAGCUGCAAGGACAAGUCAAUGAUUUGAGAACUGAACUCACUUCACUUAGGGUUGCCAAAGACAAACAAAUCGCGGAUUAUCAGAGGCUUUUGAUGGAGGAAAGCAAAAAAAAUGAAGCUCUUUCUGAAGAAGUUGAAAAAUUGCUAAAGCUGCGCCAGGAAGGAACUCCUCAUGAUUUAAAUAAUAGCGGUAUGAUCAUGAAUGAAGAUGAUCAACUUAAGGGUAACUCCGAUAGCUCAUCUAUGAGAAUGACAAGAAAACGUUCAAGGCAGAACGCGUUGGAAAAAGAAGCAAGGUUUAUAUCAUGUGAAAAUGAUGAAGGUAAUUCUUUGGAGAGAGCAUCAACACAAAACAUUUUCAAGGAGGCUGCUUCUGGUAAGCUGCUGGAGAGCUGUACUAGGGCUAAUGAUCAAUCAGGCAUCGAUUUAAAGGAAAGUGGUCGUCGUAACUGGCUUAUUCAAGUUCUUUUUGAGCAUGCACUGGGCAUGAAAUUAUCCACUGACUAUCAAACUGACAAAUAUGCCUCUCUGCACUGCAUCAAUCAAGCGGUUACUCCUUCAGUUUAUCGUGGAUUAGCAAAUCACCAGAAGAGGAAGCAGAGCUAUUCUACCAUGUUUUAUCUCUUGGCACGUUUGAAAGAGUAGCACCAGAAUGGAUGAGGGAGGACAUCAUAUUUAGCCCUAGCAUGUGCCCCAUCUUCUUUGAAAGGGUAUCUCAUGUUAUCAAAUUGAAUCACUAAUGUUUUUCUAGCUUUGAAUUCCUUAAGCCUCUCCCCCCGGUU